AUGGAAGGGACAAACGACUCCAAUGUGGCCAGAAAGCAGUUCGGCCUGCUUCGCCCAGAUUCAAAAGUCUUGGACGAGAAUGAGAUAGGUAGUACACCUGUAUUCACCGAAGCUGUCAGACAGCAUGGGAAUGACAGCUCCAAGUCGGCGGAACCAACUUUUACCCAGUAUGGGCUGCUGGGAGGCAUUGAUGCCAAGCUUCGGGCAAACCAGGACUUUGAGAGCACACCCGAUGUUGAGGAUGAUCCUCGCGUAUAUUACAACAUCAAAGCUCCUUCCAGCAUCUUCAUCUGUGGUUGUCAAGGCUCGGGCAAAAGCCAUACCUUGAGCUGCUUGCUGGAGAACUGCCUCAUCCCAUCGGCCGCGAACACGUUGCCUAGACCUCUGACCGGCAUCGUCUUUCACUAUGACCCCUUUUUCUCCGGUGCCAGAGGUGAGCCCUGCGAAGCGGCCUUUAUUUCAUCGGACAAGGACGUGAAAGUGAGGGUACUAUGUCCUCCCACCAAUGUACAAAAUAUCAGAGAUUUGUACGGGAAACUGCCUAAUGUCGAGGUGCAAGUGCUUCGCAUUAGCCAGGAAGAUCUCAAUACGAAAAGAAUGCUGGACCUCAUGGCCGUCAAUUCCAUCCAAGGGGGAGGCAUGCCACUCUAUUUGCACGUUGUGACUCGUAUUUUGAGAGAUCUCAGAACUCAGCAACAACAAAAUGGCGGCACUUUCGAUUACAGAGCGUUCCGGAGAGCUAUUGAGUUGGAAGGGCUUACUCCCGGACAGAAAGCGCCUCUUGAGCAAAGACUUGACACGCUUGAAAGCUUCAUGGCCAAGGAACAUGUUGCUCGGAACUGGUUUGAGUCUGCGUGUGCUUUGUUCAAUAUUUGCUUGAGCCUCUUUCUGGAGAAGCAAUCGCAUGAUAUCGGGCGAGUCGUUGCGCUUGACGAGGCACACAAGUAUAUGACGGACAGCGCUGAAUGUCAAACUCUGACGGAAUCUUUGUUGUCUACAAUUCGACUGCAGAGACAUCUUGGGGCUCGCAUCAUCAUUGCUACCCAGGAGCCUACAGUCUCACCCAAGCUGUUGGAUCUUUGCUCAGUCACCCUCGUACACCGCUUCACUUCUCCGAGCUGGCUGUCUACGAUUAAAAAACACUUGGCAGGUGCAAUGCCGGGAAACAGGCUUGGUUCAGGAGAAGACGAACAAGACGAAGAAGACAGGGCCGCUGAGAAGAAAAAACUUGACCAUCAAAACGAACUUUUGGACCGAAUCGUUGCACUUCGUCAAGGUGAAGCGCUCAUGUUCUGCCCGAGUGCUGUUGUUGGCGUCAAGAAGCCUAAAAGAGCUGAAGAUGUCGAUCAAAUUACUGAUGGAUUUGCGAAAUGGAGCAUUGAGCAGAACGACAAGGCAAAGAAGAACGCUACGGAUGGCGAACCUACCCAUGGGCUGGCUCACCUCAGCAGUGGAAUUAUGAAGAUUCGCAUCAGGGAACGAAUCACUGAAGAUGGAGGGAAGAGUGUCAUGGCUGGCUAA